GUAGUUUCAGUCGACGUCUGAACGUCGUGCCAAGAGCAGCGAAGCCCUCACGCGCUUUCGUCCCGCUACCCCACGUGGCCAGCAACGUGAUCUCACGUCGGAAUUUUCGAGUUGGGUCUUGGAUCCCUUUUUUAAGGUUUUCCGUGUACUUUAAAUAUAUGUGGAAAAUCGUGCAUUCAUCGUGAAGUUUCUGCGGUUAUUGGAAUUUAAACUCCUCACCAAAAGUUGAUUUUUUAAGAAUUCAACAGCUGAUUAAACGGCAUUUGUUCCAGCUCAACGCGACAGAUCACAAUCGUCAAAAUUGCAAAUUCUCUCAAGGUGUCAAAAAUGACGAUGGAUGUGAAGUCGGGGGCCCCGAAAAACGGGCCCACCAGCGGAGGGCCCCAGGAAUGUGCCGGGUGCGGAAAACAAAUUACAGAAAGAUAUUUACUGAAAGCCCUUGACAUGUUCUGGCAUGAAGAUUGUUUAAAAUGCGGAUGCUGUGAUUGUAGACUCGGCGAGGUCGGAUCCACCCUGUAUACGAAGGCCAAUCUCAUUCUCUGUAAACGUGAUUAUUUAAGGUUAUUUGGCAGCACAGGCUACUGCGCCGCAUGCUCAAAAGUUAUUCCUGCUUUUGAAAUGGUAAUGAGAGCCCGAAAUAACGUCUAUCAUCUUGAGUGCUUCGCGUGCCAACAAUGUAAUCAUAGGUUUUGUGUAGGCGACAGGUUUUACCUCUGCGAGAACAAAAUCCUUUGCGAGUACGACUACGAGGAGAGAAUGGUAUUCGCAAAUAUGGCGUACAAUCCAUCAACCAUCGCCCAACUGAAGCGGCAAGCAAGUCAUCUGCCGCCGGCCGGUCUAAACGUGCGAACACAAAACAUGAACGAGCUCUCUGAGCGACGACAGAACGGCGAAAUGACCCCCUCCCACCCCCCGACCAACGGUCACGGGGCCCAUGGGGGCCCGGCGCACGGCCAGUACCCCACGCCCACCAGCGAGAUACCCUCCAUCAUGUUCGACGUCAAAUGAAGAAAGCGAUAAGCUGCCCGCGCGAGCAGCUUCCAAAUCCUGCCGGAUAACUACAUGCAUACGUCAUACGCCAUCGAAAGUCAAAUCAAAGUACAAUCGAUGGGUGACCGCUGCCAACGAAAGCGUCAUCGAUGAGUUCAUUCUUCAACGGACGACGUAGAUGGCUGUUUCUUAGUGAGAAUGACGUCAUUUCAAAGCACCAGAUUUGCUCACAAUCUCAAUUUCCAUGUAAAGACUAACCUGGCAUCACCACGAUGGCCAAAGUGCAAAACCGCGUAUUUCCAUUUGCGACAUCGCAGACUUGCUGCCAUACUUUAUUUUUUCUUUGGAAAACCAGUCAACUGAAUCUCUUGAAAACUUCUUCGAUUUUUCUUCUCUAUUAGUUGAAUGUCUAGUGGAAAUUUCGAGCUAUGCUUACCGAUGACUGUUCUCUCCUUAAAAAAAUAAAAUAGGAGCAGAAAUUUUGAAGCACCGCAAUGGAGAUACGUGCGGUUUUGCACUUUAUCCAUCGACUGGCUUCCGUGUCAAGAAAAAAACGCCGUAAAAUCAAUCGAAUAUUUCCACAUUUCUGUCAAUACAAUUUUUUUGAGGACGGCUUCGAAUAUUUUUUCUUGGAAGUUGCAGAUAUCCUCCGGUAAUUUCUAUUACAAUUUUUUUGAGAAAUUGGAUGAAAAAUAUUUACAAGUAGAUAUGACAAAGAUAUGACUCCUGUUUCAGUCAAUAUCUGACCCAGUUCUAAUAUUCAGGAUAAUCUGAGUCAAAUAUUUUGAAAAGAGCAGCCGAAGUUGAGGUCUAAGGUUUGGAUCAUUAGAAUUAUGGCUAAGAUCUUUUGUAAAAAAUGCCUACUGCUAUCCAUCGAGCGGCUUCAAAAGACCAAAAAAAAACUAUGCUUGGUUUCUUCCUACUAAAUCUAGUCACUUUUCUUUGAUAAAGUUACCGGAAGUACAGUAUAGAAUUUCGUAUUGACCUUUGUCUAUAUUCAUAAUCAUCUAGUCAUAAUUGUAAAUUAAAUCUAGUUCUGGCUGAACGUUUUACCGAAAUCCACAAUUGUCAAUAAACCGAUAAGAAAAUAUUUCAUUUUAAAAAAAUAGCGUGCUAUUAACUCAGCAGAGCGUAUAUGUAAACAAUAAAAUUAAUUACUUUGUUACGGAAGAAUCGAAA